GCGGCGGGGCAGCCGGAGGGGGGCGAUGGCGGCGACCGCGGGGGCCUAUGAGAAGCUGAAGCUGCACAUAACACCAGAGAAGUUUUACGUGGAAGCUUGUGAUGAUGGAGCAGAUGAUGUUCUUGCCAUUGACAGAGUCUCCACAGAGGUCACUCUUACAGUUAAGAAAGAUGUUCCCCCUUCAGCUGUUACAAGGCCUAUAUAUGGUAUUUUGGGAACAAUCCGUCUGGUGGCAGGCAGCUAUCUCAUUGUAAUAACAAAAAAGAAAAAAGUAGGUGAAUGUUUCAGUCAUGCAGUCUGGAAAGCAACUGAUUUUGACAUCCUCUCCUACAAAAAGACCAUGCUGCACUUAACUGAUAUUCAGUUGCAGGACAAUAAAGCCUUUUUAGCAAUGCUUAGUCACGUCUUGAAUGUGGAUGGAUUUUACUUCUCUACAACAUAUGACCUAACGCACACUUUGCAAAGGUUAGCCAACACCAGUCCAGAAUUCCAAGAAAUGAGCCUACUAGAGAGGGCAGAUCCACGGUUUGUGUGGAAUGGGCAUCUUCUUAGAGAAUUUGCUGCUCAGCCAGAGAUCCAUAGGUUUGCUCUUCCAGUGAUGCAUGGAUUUAUAGCUAUGCACUCUUGUUCCAUAAAUGGAAAGUAUUUUGACUGGCUGCUUAUCUCUAGAAGAAGCUGUUUCAGAGCUGGUGUACGUUAUUAUGUGAGAGGUAUUGAUUCAGAAGGACAUGCAGCUAAUUUUGUUGAAACAGAACAAAUUGUACAUUACAAUGGGAGCAAAGCUUCGUUUGUCCAGACCCGUGGAUCAAUUCCUUUUUUCUGGUCACAGAGACCAAACCUCAAGUAUAAGCCAAAGCCACAGAUCAGCAAAGUAGUAAAUCAUAUGGAUGGCUUCCAAAGACAUUUUGACUCUCAGAUAAUUAGUUAUGGAAAACAAAUGAUUGUUAAUUUGGUUAACCAGAAGGGCUCAGAGAAGCCUCUUGAACAAACAUUUGCAAAAAUGGUAAACAGCUUGGGAAAUGGAAUGGUCAGAUAUAUAGCAUUUGACUUCCAUAAAGAAUGCAGUCGAAUGAGGUGGGACCGACUCCAGCUCUUGAUGGAUCAACUCGCAGAACAACAAGAUGAGUUUAGUUAUUUUCUAGUUGAUUCUGAUGGUAAAGUGGUGACUCAGCAGGAAGGAAUAUUCCGCAGUAAUUGCAUGGACUGCCUGGACCGGACUAAUGUGAUUCAGAGCCUAUUAGCACGUCGUUCUCUGCAAGCACAACUGCAGAGGUUAGGUGUUCUGCAUGUUGGACAGAGAAUUGAAGAACAAGCACAAUUUGAAAAAAUCUACAAAAAUGCAUGGGCUGAUAAUGCGAAUGCUUGUGCCAAACAAUAUGCUGGAACUGGUGCCUUAAAGACAGACUACACAAGAACUGGGAAGAGAACUCAGUGGGGCCUAAUAAUGGAUGGCUGGAACUCAUUAAUACGUUACUACAAGAACAACUUUUCUGAUGGAUUUAGACAAGAUGCUAUCGAUCUGUUUCUUGGAAAUUAUUCAGUGGAUGAAGUAGAGUCUGUCAGCCCUCUACAUAUACAGAAGGACUGGAAGUUCUUGGCUUUGCCUAUUAUUAUGGUCGUUGCUUUCUCAAUGUGCAUUAUCUGUUUGCUUAUGGCUGGUGAUACAUGGACUGAGACACUGGCUUACGUGCUCUUCUGGGGAACUGCAAGCUUUGGAACUUUAGCUAUCAUCUUUUACAAUGGCAGGGAUUUUGUAGAUGCACCAAAACUGGUCCAGAAAGAGAAGAUGGACUGAAUUUGUGUGUGUGGAAAGCGGCUUAGCAUGGAGGACUCCUCAAGCCAUACUUGGAGUCUCUACUGACCUGCUUUCCACACCAACUAGUGGUCUUUCUAGCUUUCAUCUUUACGGAGAGAAAAAGUAAAUCGUGUCCUUCACUUGGUGGUGGGAAUUUACAGUUGAGAUCUGGUUUUACAGUCUUAGUCACAAUGAUCUUUGGAAUAUUGCAUUAAUUGAGGAGGUUGCACUCAUAAGAAGAUAAUUUACAGGUGAAAGCCAAAAUAUCCAUAUUGUCUGUGGAGUAUUAUAGGAUUCAAACUGGCCUACUAAGUUGACAGCCCAGCAGGGCAGUUUCAUUCAAACAUGAUCUCAUAAUCUUAACAGAGAUCUCUGGUUCUGUUCACGUGUUACCAUAUCCAGCUGUGGCAGAAUUAGUAAUAUAGAGUCACAUCAUGUUCUUUGAGCUAAUAUAGCAUCCUACUAAUAAGUUUUCUUUCUAGACUUUCAGCUGGGUUUCAUUUGUCAUCAUAAAAGCAGUCACUGUUAGCACAAGUCCUUUGCAUAUUUUCAUUAGGGUAGAGAAUCAU